AUGGCCAAGUUUAAUCCACCGGAGAGUUUCCCGUUCGACCGCCCGACUGAAUGGAGCGAUUGGAAGCAACGUUUCCAGCGUUUUCGCGUCGCUACGAAGCUGAACAAGGAGGACGGUGAGGUCCAAGUCAGCUCAUUGAUAUACGCAAUGGGCCCGGAGGCUGAAAACAUUUUUAAAGCAUUCACUUUUGCGGAGGACGCCGAUAAAGAAAAGUUUGACGUCGUGUUAGGAAAGUACGAUGAAUACUUCUACCCCAAAAGGAAUGUUAUUCACGAGCGCGCAUGUUUCCACCAGAGGGUGCAGCGGCCCGGUGAGAAAGCUGAAAUGUUUAUCAGGGCUCUUUAUGAACUAUCGGAACAUUGUGACUUUGGGGCACAGAGAGAGGAGCACAUCAGAGACCGUAUAGUGGUGGGAAUUAGCGACAAGGAGAUGUCUCGUAAACUGCAGUUGGAGACGCAGCUUACAUUAUCCCAAACUAUUCAGGCCGUGCGCCAGUCCGAGGAGGUGACCAGGCAGGUGAACCAGCAGGGCGAGGCGUGCGCAGCGGUGCAGGAGCACUACCCCGAGAUCUUAUGUCAUCGAGACGCAAAAAGGGGCAACUCUGAGACGCAACCGCCGCCAUCUGCUGUGCGUGCCUGCAUCCUCUGUUACCACGCCACCUCCAUCACUACAGCAGCCGCAGCCUGA